GGAUGUAGCAGGUUUCCGUAGAGAGGAGGAAAAGCGUCGCCCUAGCAACGGAAUGAUCAGCAGCAGGAUUCUUCUGCAGCGGAUUGAAUCUUUCAUGAAAGAGAAACGCAUUCAGCUUCUGGUUUACUAACUAAAGCCGUAAUGGCUGCAAGCAACCCAUCCGUGUUUCUUCUUACGGUGAACGGACAUAUUGAGGGAGCGAACUUUCCAGAGUAUGACAACUUGUACUGCAAAUAUUGUUUUGUCUACGGCCACGACUGGGCUCCCACCACGGGGUUGGAGGAAGGCAUCACGCAAAUUGCUAGUAAAAGCAGCCAAGCUUCCCACAGGUUGAUAUGGAACUUCCCACUGGCAACAACAUUUAAGAGCACAAAUCCAUCUGGAUGGCCUCAGCUUGUGGUGAGUGUUUAUGGUCCAGAUGUUUUUGGCAACGAUGUGGUCAGAGGCUACGGAGCAACACACAUCCCCUUCACACCAGGACAGCAUACGAAAACCAUUCCCAUGUUUGUUCCUGAGCCCACAUGGAGACUUCAGAAGUUCACAGGGUGGUUGACGGGACGACGGCCUGAAUACACAGAUCCUAAAGUGGUGGCCCAGGGUGAGGGCAGAGAAGUGACUAGAGUUCAUUCACAAGGCUUUGUGUCAGUCUCCUUUCUCAUCAUGACUAAAGACAUGAAGAAGAUGGACUAUGAGACGGGACCAUCAGGCCCGGCAAACAAGCCCUCCGCCACAUCUGGCUGAUCAACAGAGGAACAACCAUAAAACAUGUGGUAACAUUAACAGACUGAAGGAAAUUUGGGCCAAAUGACACAUCUCCUCAUUAAGGCGACAUUUUUUCCCCUCACCGUGACAAUCCCGUGUUCAAAUGAGACACCAGCAAUAAUGUGCGCAUCUGGAAAUAUUGUGUAGAGAUGGAAUUAUACUAAUGUGCUUUCAGUUAUACCUUUUGUACCAUUUUUGAUUUUUUUCACUGUUACUGUAUGUUUUUUUUUUAAACUUUUCUAACACAAAUAAACUACACAUGUUGAGCACAGAUCGCUGUAGUCUGUGGGCAAAACAUCCCCAGCCCUAAAAACAACAUGCAAGGAGAGACAGAGCGGACAGAGCUGAAGUGAUACACAGUUUAUUUUGAACCAGUUGCAGCUACAGUUGUCCUCAUCCGACAGGGGUGCGGAGCCUGCUGCGUUCAUUUGUUUAGAUGUCGUUAAAAUACCACAAUGACUUUUCCUACAAAAACCCAUUACACAGAAUAAUAAGGUAUACAGAAGAACAGUAUGUUACAAUAGUACAAAUGAUAAAUUAUAUUAUACAGUUAUAAUGCCAACAGGUUGAGCACGUAUCCAAUAAAAAAAUAAAAAUAAAAAAAAAAGGAAAGAAAAAGCAGCCUGCUCCCAGUAC